AGGCUUUACCGGGCCUGCGCCUCAAGGCGCUUUCUUCCUGCAAACCCUUCAGGCGGAGCUCUCGUUUGUCCAAUUCAGUUCUUCUCUGCGCAGAUUUGAACCUCUUCCCGUCUAUAGUUCUGUGCUUUCCUUCUCUCUGGAGCCCUCCCGCCUAGGCCUGACUUUGCUUCUGUGUCAAUCCCAAGCCGCCUUUGCUCGCUGCAGCGUCCCAGGGGGUCACUUCUAUCUUUCUGAAGUUAAUUGCUGCCUACAAGGGUGGAAAAGUCCGGGCAGGAAAGAUGAGCCAUGGUAAGCACACCCGGGUACUUCUUCUCAACGAUAUGGAGAAGCUGGACAAAACCCUGUUCCGCCUUGAACAAGGUUAUGAGCUGCAAUUCCGCUUGGGCCCUACUUUGCAAGGCAAGCAUGUUACAGUGUAUACUAACUACCCAGCUGCUGGAGAAUUGUUUGACCGUCACAAGUUCAGAUGCCUAACCUGGCACAACCCAACAGGAAAAGAAGAUGAUUCUGACAAAUACUGUAAAUUAGAUCUUCAGAUUUCUGGAUCAUAUCAAUAUUACUUCACUCAUGAAAGUCAGAAAGGUGGUGGAGGUUAUCUAGUUGUGGAUCCGAUUUUACGUGUUGGUACUGACAAUCAUGUAUUGCCCUUGGAUUGUGUUAUACUCCAGACAUUCCUAGCCAAGUGUCUGGGACCAUUUGAUGGAUGGGAGGAUCGUCUUAAAGUUGCAAAAGAAUCUGGUUAUAACAUGAUUCACGUCACCCCAGUGCAGAAACUUGGUCUGUCUAGAUCAUGUUACUCACUGGCUGAUCAGCUGGAAAUUAAUCCUGAUUUUUCAACCUCCAGUAAAAAAUGUUCUUGGAAUGAGAUUGGAAAACUAGUGGAAAAAAUGAAAAAUGAAUGGAAUAUGCUUUGCAUUACAGAUGUAGUCUACAAUCACACUGCUGCAAACAGUGAGUGGAUAACUCAGCAUCCAGAGUGUGGAUACAAUCUUGUAAAUUCUCCUCACUUGAAACCAGCCUGGCUUUUGGACCGAGCUCUUUGGCAUUUCACCUGUAAAGCAGCUGGUGGCAAGUACAGUGACAAAGGAAUGCCACCACUUAUUGAAAAUGACCAACAUUUGAAUUGUAUCCGUAAAAUAAUUUGGGAUGAUAUUUUUCCGAAGAUAAAAUUAUGGGAAUUCUUCCAAGUUGAUGUUAACAAAGCAGUGCAGCAAUUUAAAAUUCUUUUAACCAAAGGUAGCUCAAAGGUUAAAACUGAUCCCAACCAACAUCUUGCAAUCAUUCAGGAUCCUGAAUUUAAAAGACUUGGCUGUACUGUAGAUAUGAAUGUUGCACUGAAUACCUUCAUACCACACAGCAACAGACCGGCUGCAGUAGAAGAAUGUUGCAACUGGUUCCGCAAAAGAGUUGAAGAGCUAAAUGAUGAAAAGUUAAGACAAACAAAUUACCAUCAGGAGCAGGCUGUCAACUGUAUUUUGGCAACAGUGAGCUACGAACGACUGGCUGGUCAUGGUCCUAAGCUUGGUGCUAUAACUAGAAAAUUUCCAUUGGUUACAAGGUACUUUACUUACCUAUUUAAAGAACUAACCCUGGACGAAGAGGAAGUUAUGAUGCAUCAGCCUGACAAAGCAAGUUAUUUUAUGGCCCAUAAUGGUUGGGUGAUGGGAGAUGAUCCUCUGAAAAAUUUUGCUGAACCAGGCUCAAACGUCUACCUGAGAAGAGAACUUAUUUGCUGGGGUGAUAGUGUCAAGCUGCGUUAUGGGAAUAAACCAGAAGACUGCCCAUAUCUUUGGGCUCACAUGAAAAAAUAUACUGAAAUUACUGCCAAAUAUUUCCAUGGAGUACGUCUUGACAACUGCCACUCUACUCCUCUUCAUGUGGCUGAGUACAUGAUGGACACAGCUAGAAAAUUACGGCCCAGCUUAUAUGUAGUGGCUGAACUGUUCACUGGAAGUGAGGAGCUGGACAAUAUCUUUGUGAAUAAACUGGGCAUUAGUUCUUUAAUAAGAGAAGCAAUGAGUGCCUACAAUAGCCAUGAGGAAGGCAGGUUAGUCUACCGCUUUGGUGGAGAACCAGUUGGAUCUUUUGUUCAGCCACGUUUGAGGCCUUUAACGCCUGCCAUUGCACAUGCGCUCUUCAUGGACAUUACACACGAUAAUGAAUGUCCAAUUCAGCAUCGAUCUGCUUAUGAUGCCCUUCCCAGCUCAACCAUCGUUUCCAUGGCCUGCUGUGCUACAGGAAGCACUAGAGGGUACGAUGAACUAGUGCCACAUCAGAUAUCUGUGGUCUCUGAAGAAAGAUUUUAUGCAAAGUGGAAUCCAGCAGCAACACACUUAAAACCUGGUGAAGUUAAUUUCAAGACUGGAAUUAUAGCAGGAAGGCUGGCUAUCAACAGAUUACACCAAGAGCUGGGAGCUAAAGGUUUUAAUCAGGUGUUUGUAGACCAAGUUGAUGAAGAUAUUGUGGCUGUGACCAGACAUUGCCCUAAUACACACCAGUCUGUUGUGGCUGUUUCUCGAACAGCUUUCAGAAAUCCUAAGACUUCCUCCUAUAGUCAAGAAGUUCCCCAGAUGUGCAUUCCAGGAAAAAUUGAAGAAGUGGUUCUUGAAGCUAGGACUGUUGAGAGAAAUGCGGGUCCUUAUAAAAAGGAUGAACACACAAUCAAUGGAUUGCCUGACUAUACAGUUGAACUCCGGGAACACAUUCAGCUCAAGGAAAGUAAAAUAAUAAAGCAAGCUUCAAUUGCCACAAAAGGUCCUAAUGAAUUUGUUCAGGAGAUAGAAUUUGAAAAGCUUACACCAGGGAGCAUGAUCAUAUUUAGAGUUAGCCUUGAUCCAAAGGCCCAAGAUGCUGUAGGAGUACUUCGUAAUCAUCUAAUCCAGUUCAGUCCUCACUUUAAAUCUGGAAGUCUGCCUGAUGAUGGUUCAGAAGCUAUACUGAAAACCCCCUUUUCAGUUAUUGCAUCAAAAUUAACACUGGCAGACCUAAAUCAAGUAUUAUAUCGUUGUGAUGCAGAAGAACAAGAAGAUGGUGGAGGAUGUUAUGACAUACCAAACUGGACACCUCUUAAAUAUGCAGGCCUUCAAGGAAUAAUGUCAGUGAUGGCAGAAAUACGACCAAAUAAUGAUUUGGGCCAUCCUUUCUGCGGUAAUUUGAGAGCCGGAGAUUGGAUGAUUGACUAUGUGAGCAGUCGCUUAAUUUCCCGUGCUGGAGUUUGCUCUGAUGUUGGAAAGUGGCUGAAAGCAAUGUUUGUCUACUUGAAGCGGGUCCCUCGUUAUCUCAUUCCAUGUUAUUUUGAUGCCAUAUUAGUGGGUGCAUAUACUACACUUCUUGACUUGGUUUGGAAACAGAUGUCCAGCUUUGUUCAGAAUGGAUCAACGUUUGUUAAACAUCUUUCCUUGGGCUCAGUCCAGAUGUGUGGAAUAGGAAAAUAUCCAUCUUUGCCACUUCUGUCCCCUACUUUAAAGGAUGUCCCUUAUAGGCUGAAUGAAAUUACAGGAGAAAAAGAACAGUGCUGUGUUUCUUUAGCAGCUGGUUUACCUCAUUUCUCAUCUGGCAUUUUCCGCUGCUGGGGAAGAGACACCUUUAUUGCACUGAGAGGACUGAUGUUAGUUACUGGACGCUACUUGGAAGCAAGGAACAUAAUAUUAGCAUUUGCUGGCACCCUAAGGCAUGGUCUAAUUCCCAACUUGCUUGGCCAAGGUACUCAUGCCAGGUUCAAUUGUCGUGAUGCUGUGUGGUGGUGGCUUCAGUGUAUACAAGAUUAUUGUAAAAUCGUUCCAAAUGGCACAGACCUUCUCAACUGUCCGGUAUCUAGAAUGUAUCCUACUGAUGAUUCUCUACCUCAGCCAGCAGGCAAAACGGAUCAGCCAUUGUAUGAAGUGAUACAGGAAGCAAUGCAAAAGCACGCACAAGGCAUACAGUUCCAGGAGAGGAAUGCUGGCCCACAAAUAGAUAGAAAUAUGAGAGAGGAAGGCUUUCACUUGACUGCAGGAGUGGACAUGGAAACGGGCUUUGUCUUUGGAGGGAACCGUUUUAACUGUGGUACCUGGAUGGAUAAGAUGGGAGAGAGUGAGAGAGCUCGCAACAAAGGAAUUCCUGCAACUCCACGAGAUGGUUCUGCUGUGGAAAUGGUUGGUCUGUGCAAGUCAACAGUUCGCUGGUUACUGGAAUUGUCCCAGAAGAAGAUAUUUCCAUAUCCUGGAGUUACUGUGAAAAGACAUGGGAAAGAUGAGACCAUUACAUAUGAUGAGUGGAAUAGAAAAAUCCAAACACAUUUCGAAAAACUGUUCUUUGUCUCUGAAAACCCAAGUGAUCCCAAUGAGACACAUCCAACUCUGGUUCAUAAGCGGGGCAUAUACAAAGACAGCUAUGGAGCAUCAAGUCCUUGGUGUGACUAUCAGCUCAGGCCGAAUUUUCCUAUUGCAAUGGUUGUGGCACCUGAAUUGUUCUCACCUGAGCAUGCUUGGAAAGCACUUGAAAUGUUGGAGCAAAAAUUACUUGGUCCACUUGGCAUGAAAACUUUAGACCCAGAUGAUAUGGUUUACUGUGGUGUUUAUGAUAAUGCCUUAGACAAUGAUAAUUAUAAUGUGGCGAAAGGAUUUAAUUACCAUCAAGGACCUGAAUGGCUUUGGCCCAUUGGAUAUUUCCUUCGUGCCAAGCUAUACUUCUCCAAGUUAAUUAGUCCAGAGAUCUAUGCGAAGACUGUGUUUUUGAUUAAGAAUGUUCUUUCUCGCCAUUAUGUGCAUCUUGAGAGGUCUCCUUGGAAAGGGCUUCCAGAAUUGACUAAUGAAAAUGGUCAAUAUUGUCCCUUCAGCUGUGAAACCCAGGCUUGGUCAAUUGCUGUGAUCCUUGAGGUUCUCUAUGAUUUAUAAAAAUAGUUGUCUCUCUUGAUAAAAUUGCUAGCUUUCGUCUGGAAUGCAAAUAACAAUGCUUGUCCUAUAGUUAAAAAUCCUAUUCAUAGAAGUUGUUUAUGCCUAUAGUUCCUUGGCAACUGUAGGAGUAUGUGAGUGCUCAUCUUUUGAGAAUCACACCAUAAUUUUUAAAAUUACAAUGAUUUUAAAAUAUGCUCAAUAUAUAUCAAGAAUAAAAGUAUAGAGAAUUAUACUUUGCUAUGUUACAAACUCCGCAUAUCUUGCCUGGAGCAGAGUUUUUUAUUUCAGAGAUCUAUUGGAAUGAUAGCCCAUGUUUAAGGUAUUUCCAUAUUUUACAUUUAAAGCAUUAGAAACAUAGUGCAUCAGGCCAAUGGUCCCACGUUCUGUUCCCCAGUGGCUAAUUUUAUAUAAAUAAGAAUCCCUCAAGCAGGACAUGAAUACAAGAGUUCCCUCCCAUUCAGCAUUCCCUAGGAAGGAAUCCAGAGUAUUGUCUCUGUCCUUGGAAGUUCUGGUUAAAAUUGCUAGCAGCCAUUAAUAGCCUUAAUCCUGGAUGAACGUGUCAAAUCCCUUCCAAAAGAAACUUGGCAAAACUCUACCUUGUGGUAGCAAAUUCCAUAUAUUAACCCAACGCUGCAUGAAUUACUUCUAUCUGCUGUAAUGUCCCACUAUUUAGUGGACCCUAGAUUCUAAUAUUUAGGGGGGGGGCCUUCCUGCUUUAUCCAUGAAUAAUGUUAAUAUACCUCUAACAUUUGUCCCAUCCCCUUUCUUACCUUCUUGUAACAAAAUAAAAACUUUAAAGACAUCUUUCUAUUUUUCUGCAGUAGGGCAGAAUUUAAUUCGGAGCUAAAAUUUAGCUUUCCAUGGCCUAUAUGCUCUUUGUGGGUGUCCUUGCACUGCUCAUUCAGAAUCAUCAGAAGUCUCUUACCUUAAGGUAUACCAAAUGGAGAAGGGUACUUCUCCAUACAGUGAACCUCUAUAAAGACAUUCUUGCUUUGAAGCAUGUAAUUGUCCAUGCUGUAUAAUAAAAUCCCAAGCUGUCUGCAGUUAUAAGAGUAAAAGAAUCUCAUGGACUAAGUUUGCAUAUCGCCAGCUUUUCUUUUCUGAGAGUUAAAAAAUAAUUGGAGAUCUAUUUAGAAUCUAAUUUAAUGUAUAUGUAGAUAUAAGACUGAACUGAAUCAGGAUUGAGGGGGAAAUCAGUUGCCCCUAUGAUUAAGAGUUUUUUUGCAAAGUCUUGAAAGGAACAACAACUUUAGAUUUAAAAAGUUGACUUUCAACUAAUGUUCAAGUCACCGUGAAAGUUGUUCACCACUUGCCCAUGCAGUCAUACCAGAAUUGCUGCAUGAUGGCCACCCACAACAAUGGAACUCCUUCACUGUGGGCCCACUGUAGUUAUCUGAAAGGAGAGCCCUGAGAAUUGGGCCGGGCUGCAUAAAAGGCUUGCCAUUCUGAAGAUAUUUCAAGAAGGCAUUUACAGGCCUCACAACUUAAUGGUUGUUUAUGCAUUAGCCCUAAGUGUAACUUAUAGGAAGGGAAUUGCUGUUUAGCAGAAGGUUGGAAGAGAUUCCAGCCCUCAAUUUUUCUAAGUACUUUAAAUUAGAGCUUAGUGAAAUCAUCUGGAACUCAAUCUGUGCUAUAAUUUCACUACAAUUACUGAGCAAAGGCCAGAUUAGGCUAUGAUGUUCCUUUCUAUUGCAGGAGGAAAUGGCAAAGUUGUAGCUUAGUGGGAUGACAGUGACAGAAGUCACUCCUUUUUUAAUGCAUAGAUGUAGUACAAUUUAAUAAUACUCUUCAGUCAUUUCAGCACUGUUACUAUUGUGUUUAUUAGUAGGGCUAUCAUAUUUAGGCUUUAAAAAUCCAGCUGACCACUAGAUGGCAGCAAAAAGAAAACUGACUCUUUGCUGCCAUCCCACAGACAUCAAUAUUUUAGCAAGCCAGCUAUGGUUGCCCUUAAAACCACAUAACUUGAGUUUUCUUAAGGGCAUGUGAUGGUAGAAACAAGCCAAUAAACAGGUUAGAAAUCAUACUGUGCUGCUGUGUGUAUUGCCUUUUAAAAGGUUAUAUUUGUUUGCAUUAGUACUUUCACACUAUGAAUAAUUUAAGAAUUCUUAAUGGUUGGCACUUGCACUACUUCAUUUAAUAAGCAUCACUGUCAGUGAAUCUCAUCUAAUUACUAGAAUGUUUUCCAUUAAUAAAAGAUUAAUCCUAUUAUAACAUUUCAGUUUUGACAUUCCUAUCCAUUUUCAGACAUAAAAAUGAAUGUCUAAUUAAAAUUUUAUGUAUUUGGUUAGGGGUUCAAAAAGUUCCAUUGGAAAAAUAGAUACCAUCCCAUUUAUUUAUUUCUAUAAAAAUAUGUUUGAGGAAAUAUAAAUCAGAAUAAAAACUUAUUUGUUGGAAAUUUUACCUGUCUAAUAUAUUUCCUGGGAUUAGACUGCAUGCUAUUAAAGACAAUUGCUGUGAUCCUGUACUCAGUGAGCUGAAGGCAUAUAGCAUCUAAUUCAACUCUGUUGAUUUCAGAGUUGGCAUGUACAAGGUUUUUAUGCUAUAUGCCUGGAAACCAGGUGUGGUUCUAUUUGAGGUAACGGAUUUGGUCGAUAAUAUUUAGAUGUUAAUAACAGAGCCAAGUCGGCAACUGGCUUUAGGAUAGCUCCACCAGGUUGCCUAUAAGCAGUCAUUACUAGCAGUUGUUAGGUUUGGCCAUAUACAUUUUACGAAAAUAUAGUUAGGUUCAGAGGUACAGAUUUCUACAUUGUCAUAUUUUAGUACUGAAGCUGUAACAUCAGACUGGUGGAGCCCACUGAAAAAUGAAUGUGGCGGUUCCAGGUGUGUGGAGCAUAGAAUUGCCUCAAUUGUGGGAGUACUUGUGCACAGUUUGUUUCCCUGCAACUUCACUCCCUAGGCAUUUGUUUUUUUCUUUUCAGCCCAGCUUGGUAAUAGAAAUAAUCUGACUCAUAUAUAAGUGCUUAAAGAGGAGGGAUCUACCAAAGUUCUAGAGGUCUCAAAAUAAAAUUUUUAAAAAGUAGUCCAACACUGGGUUUUCUUUCCUGAUUUUGAAAACUCUGGUUCUUCCAGUGCCAUAUUUACUUUGGGUCAUCUGUCCAGAUUAAUGUGGACUGGCACUGAGAAAACUCCAAAAACUAUGUGUAUUAGACAACAGUCUUCAUGGCUUGGCAUUUUAGAGAUACUUGAGGAAAGAGGAGUGACUUGUUACCAGUUCUUCCAUUCUGAUAAAAUAUUGUGAAUUGCACAGUCCUGUCUGGAAACAGUAUAUACAUUUCUCAAGUUAUUUUUGGUACAACAGUGUUAAAAAUGUUUAAAUCCAUAUCAGUUGUGUGUCUGUAUUUAAGUAGUAUAUAUAAAGGCUUUAAAUUUUAAAAUUAUGCAACUCUUUCAAGAAUAACAGCAGUGUUUAUGAAAUGUUAAGCAUUGUACUUUUAACAAUUAUAAAAUUGCAUUUCGCUGUUCCUUCAUUAUGGUCUAAACCUAAUUAGAAAGAAAAAAGAAAGCUUCGGAUGAAAAUUUCCAUUCUAGUACUUAAGCAAUAUAUGAUACUAAAUGUGAGCUGCCGAUCGGAAGGUCGGCGGUUCGAAACCGCGCGGCGGGGUGAGCUCCCAUUGCUAGUCCCAGCUCCUGCUCACCUAGCAGUUCGAAAACAUGCAAAUGUGAGUAGAUCAAUAGGUACCGCUUCGGCGGGAAGGUAACGGCGUUCCGUGUCGUCAUGCUGGCCACAUGACCCGGAAGUGUCUACGGACAACGCCGGCUCUAAGGCUUAGAAACAGAGAUGAGCACCGCCCCCUAGAGUCAGACACGACUGGACUUUACGUCAAGGGAAACCUUUACCUAUAUAUAAAUUUAGUUGGCAAAAUAAUUGAUAGAGACUUACGUUAUGCACCACCGUGUUUUAUGAAACUCUGUUGGCAGAUCAAGCAAACCAUUGCACAAUUUUUUCACAGUCUACGCCAUGCCAUCAGUAUUUUGUUCUCUUUCAACUAGGGAGCAAAGCCAUCUGGAUAUCACAUCUGUACAUCUUGUUUGCCGCUUCUCAGUUCAAAUGGAUUUGUAAUGUUCACUUCAUUAGUGUUUAUCAGCCCUGAAAACAAUGCAAAAGGGAAUCAUGGAAUGGUGCUUGUUUCAUAGGAAGUGUAAUUGUUGCACACAUGAGUCCUGUGUGUCUGUCUGCUACAGCUACUUUUGUUACAUGACUAUUAUGCAGUUAUAUGUGAGUGGCAUUCAAUAAAAAUCUAACAAAGA